AAAAAAUAAACAUUUAUUGAUUUUCCAAAAGGAGAACCGCAGCGCAGAUUCCUGUUUUGCGAAAAUAAUAAUUUACGGAUUAAAAACUCUCUACGAAAAUGACUGAAACAAAGGAAAACAUUUUCUUAUUUGUUCCCAACAUUAUUGGGUUCGCCAGGGUUAUUCUUCUUAUUAUAUCGCUGUAUUAUAUGCCGACACACUGCAUUGUAGCUUGUACUUGCUACGUUACUUCUGCAUUACUUGAUGCCUUUGAUGGUCAUGCAGCCAGACUCUUCAAUCAAAGUACAAAAUUCGGUGCUAUGUUGGACCAGCUUACGGACCGCGCCGGCACAAGCUGCCUCAUGAUGACCCUCGCGACCUUCUACCCGCAGUACACCUUCUGGUUCCAACUGUCCAUGGCCAUAGACAUCACCGGCCACUGGCUGUAUCUCCACACCACAACCCUGCAGGGGAAGACGUCCCACAAGUUCAUAGACAUGUCGGGAAACCCUAUCAUGCGCCUCUACUACAUGAACAAAACCGUUCUGUUCUGCAUGUGCGCCGGAAAUGAAGCAUUUUAUGCGGCUCUGUAUGUGAUGUACUUCUAUACUGGACCCACAGUGUUGGGCAUGGGGCUGUUUAAGCUGAUUGCGCUCGUGAGCAUGCCUGUCGCCGUCGUCAAGACUGGCAUCACGAUACUGCACAUGGGCGUCGCUUCCCUGAACCUGGCCACAAUCGACGUCAAUGAGCGAGCUGAAAUCGCUGCCAAACAAACCAAUUAAGGGAUUUAACAAACCUCGAUGAUAUCUCUGCUGCAGAUAUUACCCAGACUUCCAAUUUACCCCAGUGAUCUUAUUCCACAAAUUAUUUCGUUAUAUUUGGCUCUAAAUAACUGUCACUUCGGGGUGCUAGCAUGAGUAAGAAAGAUGGAUAAUAAAGCCGAUACAUUGUUUUGAAGUUAUAACUGAUAUUACAUCACAUUAAGAUUUGACAAGGACUGGGGAUAUCUAAAUAAUCAGACAUGUUUGGUACAACAAAGGCACUAGUGGGUAACUUUACAAAAUGAUGCGCCUUUAUUUUACCAAGCAUGCGGUUGUUGAACUGAAGAUUAGCAAGAUCUACCAUUAUUAUAGUGGCCAAAUAUUAUUAUUUUUGUACAAAUUGUGCUAAAGCAUAAAGUAUUACAGCCUUAUUCCAAGAUAUAAAUCUACUUGCAUUUAAGUUAACCAUUGUGUUUAAAAAAAUCAUAGAUUUUUUAAAUUUUUUACCACUGUUGUAUGUGAUUUGUUACCAGUCGCUUAUUAUUUGUUGUAUAUUUUAUGUAUGUAUUUAUUUAUACUAUAUCUAAGAUAUUACGUAGUCGGUGUUUAGUGAUUGGUGUUGUUAUUGUUAUUUUAAAUUUAAUUAAUGCAAUAAUAAGUAUUAUUAUAGUUUAUAUUGAAGAGGGAUUGAAAUUUUAUAAUAUAGGGUGACUCAGAAAACAUAACAUUCAGAAGUUUUGAAUCAAAGAACAAUAGUAUUUUAAGAAAACUAGAAGUCAUAAAAUAUAUCGGUCAUUAUAGUGACUAUAUCUCAGCAAUAGUCUACUUUCUGAGACACUUUCUACACGAAAUACGAGGUAUGGGUAAAGGAAUGUGUAAUACUCGAAUAAAUUAACUAAAAAAAAAAUCUUAGCUUCCUCAUAGUAAGUUGUGUUUACAUAGGACUUGAUAGGUGACCAACUAGACUUGGAACUGUUCAAUUAUUGUAUGUUGUGUUGGAAUAAUAGUUGGGGAUUACUCUGUUGUUAGUGUUUAAGUAUUUCCAAAGAAUUUGAAAGAACAAUCAAAUACAAUAAGGAUAAGUGACUAACAUCUUGUGAAGUGUCAUGGCCUCUAUUUUUAAAUAUGUACCUAGAAAUAAAUAUUUAUAAUUAUGUUGAUCUAUGUGAUUGUGUUUAAUGGUAAUAAAUUACUUUUAAAGUCA